AUGGCGCAAAUCCCCACUCCGCCUGCCUCCCGCUCUGCUUCACCAGCUCCGGAUGCCGAGCCGAAGCAAGCUCCUGUAGCAGAGUCCCCGGUGGACUUACUGCAGUCGUUGGACAAUUUGCUGGAACGGUAUCUGCACCUCCUAGAUCAGCAUCAGAAGCUGCAAGCCGAGCUAGGUUCGAAGCUCUCCUCGGGCUUUUUCUCUCUCGCCCAAGCCAACUAUACGUGUCCACCUGGUCGACACUAUGGCGCGGACUACUAUGAUGAACGCAUGAAAGCGACCAAAAGAGUGUCUCUACAACCUCCUACUAAUCUUACUGCUGAGCGCUAUACGAUAGACGCAGAAAACUCACCGGAGGCAGAUACCAAGGACGGCAAUUCUAAACCUAUCUUCGAGAUCAAAACGGUUGCCGUUCAACACACGGAGGAUGAAUCCGAGACUGACGAUAAGGCCGAGUCAGACGCCAGUUCAUCUCAGGAAGACCAGUCGGGACGUGAAGAAGAUAACAGUCAAACUGGCGAGACUCUGGCCACGCCAGAGCCUCCUCAAGCGGAACAGGAAACAGAUGCGAAGCCCAAGCGAUCAAAGAAGAAGUUCCGUUCUUCGAACCCUAUUCACUGGUACGGGAUCUUGGUGCCCCCUUAUCUUCGCAGCGCCCAGAAGUCCUUCACUGAAGCCAUCGAGAGUCGUCUGCCCCAGCUGGCUAGUGUCAUAGUUGAGAUGCGAAUCGUGGAGAAGGAAGUCGAACUAGUGCGGAGCGAGCUGGGUCAGAGAUAGAGGCAUAUCCAGGUCCUUGGAGGGUUGCUGUCCGGUCACCGUGCGCUAGGAGUAAGGUUAUCGGUGAUAAAAGGUAUUAAAAAGCGCCUCAGACCAUCUGUGCUCAUGGUGGAUUAUAGAUUAUGCAUAGAAAUAAAGUAUAGAUUGAGU